CAUGCAGCCUUCCACAAAAUGACUCGAAGAAUAUGUAAUAUUGAAGAAACCUAUGUCGUCUCUCGACGAAGCCGACCUGUUUGUCAUUCCAUGGCACUGCUAUAUAUAAUCCCAUACAAAUUAGAAGUGAAUAACCCCGGCCACAAACACAAGCUUCAUUGAGAGAGUGAGAGAUCAGAGCCAUGGAAUUUUCUUGCAAGGCCUUCAAGGUAGGAAAAUGCGAUGGUCAAAAAGUAGUGGACGGUGAAACCAUGCCACUAGUGCUACAACCUACGGAGCCCAACGAGGGUGACAUGGAUUCCCUUCUCUUUGCUCUCAAAGAGAACAAGGAUUGGUUUGAGCAAAUUAUCAUCAAGAACAGUGCUGUCCUUCUUCGAGGCUACAACGUUAACAACGCCCAGGAUUUCAAUGAGAUCUUAGAAACCUUCGGCUGGGAUGAUAUUCGUUAUGUCGGGCCAGCGCCUCGGACACAUGUUUACAAACGAGUAUGGACGGCUAACGAGGGACCCCUCUCCGAGUUCAUAUACUACCACCACGAAAUGGUUUUGCUAAAGGAAAGUCCAAAAAAAGUAGUUCUUUUUUGUGAGAUACCACCCCCUGAAGGUGGACAGACGCCUUUCGUUCCAAGUUUUCGUGUAACAGAAAAGAUGAUAGAGGAGAUGCCGGAAGCUGUGGAAGAAAUGGAGGAGAAGGGGUUAAAAUACACAUUCACGGCUCUUAGCAGGAAUGAUACAUCCUCCAUGAGGGGUAGAGGUUGGGAGGAUGCAUUUGGGACAUCGGAUUGCGUAGAAGCUGAGAGAAGGGCUAAAGCACUAGGGAUGGAAAUGGAGUGGCUGCCAAAUGGCUCGGCGAAGACCAUAUUAGGCCCGCGAUCUCUAACAAAGGUGUUUGAUGGAAGAAAAGGAAGGAGAAUGUGGUUUAACACAUUAGUGGGCAUGCAUGGGAAGGAGCACAGCUCAGCCACGAUGGCAGACGGGACAGAAAUCCCAACAAAAGUAGUCAAAAGAUGUGAAGAAAUCAUUGAAGAAGAGAGCAUCCAAUUCAAGUGGGAGAAGGGUGAUGUUCUCUUCUUUGAUAACAUGGCUUUGCUUCAUGGAAGAAGGCCCGCCAUUCCUCCUAGAAGAAUCCUGGUUGCCACAUGCAAGUAGUUUGAUUUCUGGAUCAAUCUAUCAAUCAAUCAAUAAUGUCUGUCUUUCAUUUGUGAGACGCAUGGAACUUCUUGGUUACUGCUACUAGUUUUGAUUUUAAGGAUUGAACAUGUGGUCUUCGCAUCCUUGUUCUUUUGGUGUUUGUACGUUGUUUCUUCAAAUACAAGCCCUACAAGAAAGUCUCAAAAUAGUACUCUAAUAGAGUGCAUUUUGCC